CAGCCUCCCCACAGGCGGGUGAAGAGAGCCUGUGCCCCAGAAGCAGGAUGAGAAGAUGGCACACUUCCUGUUACCUCGGGGCACCAGCAGCUUCCGCAGGUUCACCCGGGAGUCCCUGGCGGCCAUCGAGAAACGCAUGGCAGAGAAGCAGGCCCGCAGCGCAGCCGCCUCGCAGGAGAGCCACGAGGGGCUGCCCGAGGAGGAGGCGCCCCGGCCCCAGCUGGACCUGCAGGCCUCCAAGAAGCUGCCGGAUCUCUAUGGCAACCCGCCCCGCGAGCUCAUCGGGGAGCCCCUGGAGGACCUGGACCCCUUCUACAGCACGCAGAAGACCUUCAUUGUACUGAAUAAAGGCAAAACCAUCUUCCGGUUCAGUGCCACCAAAGCCCUGUACGUCCUCAGCCCCUUCCACCCCGUGCGGAGAGCAGCGGUGAAGAUCCUGGUUCAUUCGCUCUUCAGCAUGCUCAUCAUGUGCACGAUCCUGACCAACUGUGUGUUCAUGGCCCAGCACGACCCUCCGCCCUGGACCAAAUACGUCGAGUACACCUUCACCGCCAUUUACACCUUUGAGUCUCUGGUCAAGAUUCUGGCUCGAGGCUUCUGCCUGCAUGCGUUCACCUUCCUUCGGGACCCAUGGAACUGGCUGGACUUCAGUGUGAUUGUCAUGGCGUAUGUAUCAGAAAAUAUAAAGCUAGGCAAUUUGUCGGCUCUUCGAACUUUCAGAGUCCUGAGAGCUCUUAAAACUAUUUCAGUUAUCCCAGGCCUGAAGACCAUCGUGGGCGCCCUCAUCCAGUCUGUGAAGAAGCUGGCCGACGUCAUGGUCCUCACCGUCUUCUGCCUCAGCGUCUUUGCCCUCAUCGGCCUGCAGCUCUUCAUGGGCAACCUGAGGCACAAGUGUGUGCGGGACUUUGUGGUGCUCAACGGCACCAACGGCUCGGUGGAGGGCAACGGCCAGGUCUGGGAAUCCCUGGACCUGUACCUCAACCACGAAGAUAAUUACCUGUUGAAGAAUGGUACCUCGGACGUGCUACUGUGUGGGAACAGUUCAGACGCCGGGACAUGUCCUGAGGGCUACCGGUGCCUGAAGGCAGGUCAGAACCCUGACCACGGCUACACCAGCUUCGACUCCUUCGCCUGGGCCUUCCUGGCUCUCUUCCGCCUGAUGACACAGGACUGCUGGGAACGUCUCUACCAGCAGACCCUGAGGUCUGCAGGGAAGAUCUACAUGAUCUUCUUCAUGCUCGUCAUCUUCCUGGGCUCCUUCUACCUGGUGAAUCUGAUCCUGGCUGUGGUCGCCAUGGCCUAUGAGGAACAAAACCAAGCCACCAUCGCCGAGACUGAGGAGAAGGAAAAGCGCUUCCAGGAAGCCAUGGAGAUGCUCAAGAAAGAGCACGAGGCUCUCACUAUCAGGGGUGUGGACACCGUGUCGCGGAGCUCCCUGGAGAUGUCCCCCUUGGCCCCCGUGACCACCCAUGAACGGAGGAGCAAGAGGAAAAAGCGCAUGUCUUCAGGGCCCGAGGACUGCGGAGACGACAGGUUCCCCAAGUCGGACUCGGAAGACGGUCCCCGAGUAAUGAAUCGCCUCAGCAUCACCCACGGCCUCAGCAGGACGUCCAUGAAGCAACGCUCCAGCCACGGGAGCAUUUUCACCUUUCGCCGACGAGACCUGGGCUCCGAGACGGACUUUGCCGAUGACGAAAACAGCACAGCCGGGGACAGCGAGAGCCACCGCACGUCACUGCUGGUGCCCUGGCCCCUCCGCCGGCCCAGCACCCAGGGCCAGCUUGGCUCCGGGACACCAGCCUCUGGACACAUUCUCAAUGGCAAAAGGAACAGCACCGUGGACUGCAAUGGGGUGGUGUCCCUGCUCCGGGCAGGCGAUCCUGAGGCCACGUCCCCAGGGAGUCGCCUCCUUCGUCCUGUGAUGCUGGAGCGGCCCCCAGACACGACCACACCGUCGGAGGAGCCUGGCGGGCCCCAGGUGCUGACCCCCCCGGUGCCCUGUGUGGACGGCUUCGAGGAGCCGGGAGAGCGGCAGCGUGCCCUCAGCGCGGUCAGCGUUCUCACCAGCGCGCUGGAAGAACUGGAGGAAUCCCACCGCAAGUGCCCGCCGUGCUGGAACCGCUUCGCCCAGCGCUACAUGAUCUGGGAGUGCUGCCCGCUGUGGAUGUCAAUCAAGCAGAGUGUGAAGUUCAUGGUCAUGGACCCGUUUGCCGACCUCACCAUCACCAUCUGCAUCGUGCUCAACACACUCUUCAUGGCCCUGGAGCACUACAACAUGACCACCGAAUUUGAAGAGAUGCUGCAGGUUGGGAACCUGGUCUUUACGGGCAUCUUCACCGCAGAGAUGACCUUCAAGAUCAUCGCCCUCGACCCCUACUACUACUUCCAGCAGGGCUGGAACAUCUUUGACAGCAUCAUCGUCAUCCUCAGCCUCAUGGAGCUGGGCCUGUCUCGCAUGGGCAACCUGUCGGUACUACGCUCCUUCCGCCUGCUGCGGGUCUUCAAGCUGGCCAAGUCGUGGCCGACCCUGAACACGCUCAUCAAGAUCAUCGGCAACUCGGUGGGCGCGCUGGGCAACCUGACGCUGGUGCUGGCCAUCAUCGUGUUCAUCUUCGCCGUGGUGGGCAUGCAGCUCUUCGGCAAGAACUACUCCGAUCAGAGCUACCGGAUCAGCGACUCGGGGCUCCUGCCACGCUGGCACAUGAUGGACUUCUUCCACGCCUUCCUCAUCAUCUUCCGCAUCCUCUGCGGCGAGUGGAUCGAGACCAUGUGGGACUGCAUGGAGGUCUCCGGGCAGUCGCUGUGCCUGCUCGUCUUCCUGCUGGUCAUGGUCAUCGGCAACCUGGUGGUCCUGAACCUCUUCCUGGCCUUGCUGCUCAGCUCCUUCAGCGCGGACAACCUCACGGCCCCGGAUGAGGACGGCGAGAUGAACAACCUGCAGCUGGCCCUGGCCCGCAUCCAGAGGGGCCUGCGCUUCGUCAAGCGGACCACCUGGGACUUCUGCUGUGGCCUCCUGCGCCGGCGGCCCAAGAAGCCGGCCCUCCUGGCCCCCCGCGGCCGGCUGCCCAGCUGCAUCGCUGCGGCGGGCUCCCCACCACCCCCGGAGGCGGCGAAGGCACCCCCAGCCCGCAAGGAGACACGGUUUGAGGAGGGCAACCGGCCGGGCCAGCCCGCCCCAGGGGACUCCGAGCCUGUGUGUGUCCCCAUCGCAGUGGCCGAGUCGGACACGGAUGACCAAGAGGAGGACGAGGAGGAGAACAGCCUGGGCACCGAGGAAGAGUCCAGCAAGCAGCAGGAAUCCCAGCCUAUGUCCGGUGGCCCAGAGACACCCCCAGAGCCCAGGGCCUGGAGCCAGGUGUCCGAGACCGCGUCCUCUGAAGCAGAGGCUGGCGCGGCUCAGGGAGAUGGGCGGCAGCAGCGGGAAGCAGAGGCCCCGGCCCCAGGGUCCAUCGAGGUACCACAGGACAGUUUCUCCGAGGGCAGCACGGCAGACAUGACCAACACCGCUGACCUCCUGGAGCAGAUCCCUGACCUCGGGGAGGACGUCAAGGACCCAGAGGACUGCUUCACUGAAGGCUGUGUCCGGCGCUGCCCCUGCUGCACAGUGGACACCACGCAGGCCCCAGGGAAGGUCUGGUGGAGGCUCCGCAAGACCUGCUACCGCAUCGUGGAGCACAGCUGGUUCGAGACCUUCAUCAUCUUCAUGAUUCUGCUCAGCAGCGGAGCGCUGGCCUUCGAGGACAUCUACCUGGAGGAGCGGAAGACCAUCAAGGUGCUGCUGGAAUAUGCCGACAAGAUGUUCACCUACAUCUUCGUGCUUGAGAUGCUGCUCAAGUGGGUGGCCUACGGCUUCAAGAAGUAUUUCACCAACGCCUGGUGCUGGCUGGACUUCCUCAUCGUGGACGUCUCCCUGAUAAGCCUGGUGGCCAACACCUUGGGCUUCGCCGAGAUGGGCCCCAUCAAGUCUCUGCGAACCUUGCGUGCCCUCCGCCCCCUGAGGGCCUUGUCGCGAUUUGAAGGCAUGCGGGUCGUGGUCAAUGCCCUGGUGGGCGCCAUCCCGUCCAUCAUGAACGUCCUCCUCGUCUGCCUCAUCUUCUGGCUUAUCUUCAGCAUCAUGGGCGUGAACCUCUUUGCCGGCAAGUUCGGGAAGUGCAUCAACCAGACGGAGGGGGACCUGCCUCUCAACUACACCAUUGUGAACAACAAGAGUGAGUGCGAGUCCUUCAACGUGACCGGCGAGCUCUACUGGACCAAAGUCAAAGUCAACUUCGACAACGUGGGGGCCGGGUACCUGGCCCUGCUGCAGGUGGCAACGUUUAAAGGCUGGAUGGACAUUAUGUAUGCAGCUGUGGACUCCAGGGGGUAUGAAGAGCAACCCCAAUGGGAGUACAACCUCUACAUGUACAUCUACUUCGUCAUCUUCAUCAUCUUCGGCUCGUUCUUCACCCUGAACUUGUUCAUUGGCGUCAUCAUCGACAACUUCAACCAGCAGAAGAAAAAGUUAGGGGGUCAAGAUAUCUUCAUGACAGAGGAGCAGAAGAAGUACUAUAAUGCUAUGAAGAAGCUGGGCUCCAAGAAACCCCAGAAGCCCAUCCCACGACCCCUGAACAAGUACCAGGGCUUCAUCUUCGACAUCGUGACCAAGCAAGCUUUCGACGUCACCAUCAUGUUCCUCAUCUGCCUGAACAUGGUGACCAUGAUGGUGGAGACCGAUGACCAGAGCCCAGAGAAGGUCAACAUCUUGGCCAAGAUCAACCUGCUCUUUGUGGGCAUUUUCACCGGCGAGUGCAUUGUCAAAAUGACGGCCCUGCGUCACUACUACUUCACCAACAGCUGGAACAUCUUUGACUUUGUGGUGGUCAUUCUCUCCAUCGUAGGCACCGUGCUCUCGGACAUCAUCCAGAAGUACUUCUUCUCCCCAACCCUCUUCCGUGUCAUCCGCCUGGCCCGGAUCGGCCGCAUCCUCAGGCUCAUCCGCGGGGCCAAGGGCAUCCGGACACUGCUCUUCGCCCUCAUGAUGUCCCUGCCCGCGCUCUUCAACAUCGGCCUGCUCCUCUUCCUCGUCAUGUUCAUCUACUCCAUCUUCGGCAUGGCCAACUUCGCCUACGUCAAGUGGGAGGCCGGCAUCGACGACAUGUUCAACUUCCAGACCUUCGCCAACAGCAUGCUGUGUCUGUUCCAGAUCACCACGUCGGCCGGCUGGGACGGGCUCCUCAGCCCCAUCCUCAACACGGGGCCUCCCUACUGCGACCCCAACCUGCCCAACAGCAACGGCUCCCGGGGCAACUGCGGGAGCCCCGCCGUGGGCAUCCUGUUCUUCACCACCUACAUCAUCAUCUCCUUCCUCAUCGUGGUCAACAUGUACAUCGCCAUCAUCCUGGAGAACUUCAGUGUGGCCACGGAGGAGAGCACCGAGCCGCUGAGCGAGGACGACUUCGACAUGUUCUACGAGAUCUGGGAGAAGUUCGACCCCGAGGCCACGCAGUUCAUCGAGUACGCGGCCCUGUCGGACUUCGCCGAUGCCCUGUCCGAGCCCCUGCGCAUCGCCAAGCCCAACCAGAUCAGCCUCAUCAACAUGGACCUGCCCAUGGUCAGCGGGGACCGCAUCCACUGCAUGGACAUCCUCUUCGCCUUCACCAAGAGAGUCCUGGGCGAGUCCGGGGAGAUGGACGCGCUCAAGAUCCAGAUGGAGGAGAAGUUCAUGGCGGCCAACCCGUCCAAGAUCUCCUACGAGCCCAUCACCACCACGCUGCGGCGCAAACACGAGGAGGUCUCGGCCACCGUGAUCCAGCGCGCCUUCCGGAGGCACCUGCUGCAGCGCUCGGUCAAGCACGCGUCCUUCCUCUACCGCCGGCAGACGGGCAGCAGCGGCCUCUCGGACGAGGAUGCCCCGGAGCGAGAGGGCCUCAUCGCCUACACGCUCAACGGGAGCUUCUCCCAGCACCGGGGCCCGCCCUCCAGCUCCUCCAUCUCCUCCACCUCCUUCCCUCCCUCCUACGACAGCGUCACCAGGGCCACCAGCGACAACCUCCAGGUGCGGGCGUCCGAUUACAGCCGCAGCGAGGAUCUCGGGGGGACGUCCCCUGACAGGGACCGGGAGUCCGUGGUGUGA